AUGAAACCCUGCAAACUGAAUAGCAGCAUGGAUGCUAGCUUGGAAACGGACCUCCAGUGCCGAAACGGAACGGUCUGUGCAGCAAAGUGUGGCUCUGAGCGCGUGGAGAGCACUGCCAAGCGCAGGCUGGCUGCCAAUGCCAGGGAAAGGAGAAGAAUGCAAGGGCUCAACACUGCCUUCGACCGCCUACGCAAAGUGGUCCCCCAGUGGGGGCAAGACAAAAAGCUGUCCAAAUACGAGACGCUUCAGAUGGCCCUGAGUUACAUUAUGGCCCUGACGAGGAUCCUCGCUGAAGCCGAGAGAUACAGUGCAGAGAAAGGCUGGAUUAACUUUCACUGUGAGCAUUUCCACCAGGAGAGUUGCCACGCUUACACAGGGCAGAAGGUGGCAGCUGAAACAGACCCUUAUGCGCAGAGACUUUUCAGUUUCCAGCCAGACCACUACUAA